GUUCGGCGGCGCGGGCGCGGCGGGGCCGGCAGCGAGGAGCGGACUGCGAGUCCCGUGGUGCCCCGCGGCGCGGCGCGGUGCGGGAGGCGCCGGGCCGGGGAGCAGCGCGCCGGGCAGGAUGUCGCGCCAGGCCGGCCGCGGCACCGAGAGCAAGAAAAUGAACUCGGAGCUCUUCACGCUGACGUACGGCGCUCUGGUCACCCAGCUGUGCAAGGACUAUGAGAACGACGAGGACGUCAACAAGCAGCUUGACAAAAUGGGUUACAACAUCGGCGUUCGGCUCAUCGAAGACUUCCUGGCCCGGUCCAACGUGGGAAGAUGCCACGAUUUCCGUGAAACUGCGGAUGUCAUUGCAAAGAUAGCGUUUAAGAUGUACCUGGGCAUCACUCCGAGCAUCACCAACUGGAGUCCUGGAGGCGAUGAGUUCUCCCUGAUCUUGGAGAAUAACCCCUUGGUGGACUUUGUUGAGCUCCCGGACAACCACUCGUCUCUCAUCUAUUCCAACCUGCUGUGUGGAGUGCUGCGAGGCGCCCUGGAAAUGGUUCAGAUGGCUGUCGAUGUGAAGUUCGUCCAGGACACGCUGAAGGGUGACAGUGUCACAGAAAUCAGAAUGAAGUUCAUCAGGCGGAUCGAAGACAAUCUUCCCGCUGGUGAAGAGUGAAUCGUUUCUCCUUUUGGGACUGGAGGGGACCAGCUGGGUUUGGCCGUUAGCUUUCCUCACAGAUCUAUAGGGAUCUAGUGCCCCUGUACAUGCAGACUGACUCACUAAGAUGUUAUUAUAUUCUUCUAUUGUUAUUUCCGUCUUCUGUAGAAGACGAUUGUCCGGUUGCUGUUUAUUUCACAGGUUCAUUCUGAAGCUUUUUCAUAAGGUAAUGUCUUUUUCGUAUUCCCCUGGGGACUCUUUCAACACUCAGUUUCUAGUUGUGACAUUUGGUUGUGCAAGAUCUACUGCUCAAACUGCUCAAACAGAGCUCCCGUCUGUUCAGAUCUGAAUUUUUCUUUUAUCACUAGAAUUGGAGACCAAGCUAUGAGACCCCACUGAUUUAAAUGCUGUCCUUAAGGAGAGGCGUUUAAGAUUCAUUCAUGUAGUAUUUCUCUAGACCAAACUGGCUUCCCGUAUUUGAUUCUGAAGUUACUUGUAAAAUACAAGCUUGAUACACAGGGGUGACUUGGGAGGGCGGUGUGAGCGCUGGUGCCUGUUUGGGGAGGCUCUUUUUGCUGGAGAGCAGCGGCAUCGCACAGCACCGGCAGGUUCCCGAGGUCCCAGCACCCUGGGCCUUUCCGCAGAUUCUCUUCCCCAGCAGCCUCACGACUCCCCGCUUGGAAGGGACCGUUAAAUCGCAAAGGAGCAGCAGUAAAUAUUUUAAGUGGAGAGAAGGAAAGAGCGGAUAAAGUACCAUCGGUGUUCUACAGUGCGUACAGCCAAGGGGUGAGUCCACGGAAUGAGAAACAGAGCUCAGAGUAAUGCCUGGGAGGUGUUAAAUGCGUUUCAGUAAGUCGAGUCUGUUCCGUUAGGGUGUGUAAACGCUGCGCAGCGUGGAGGUGGUGCUGGGGGGUGUUCUCACAGAUGUUUAGGCUGCAACAGAAUUUCCCGUUACUGGAACUGGCAGGCUGCGGCAGGCUGUAGCACCUGCUGCUCUGUAAAAUAAAUACACCAAGUAAUGUAUCUCAAAAAGCAAGAUGCUGGAAAAUCAACUUCCUCUACCAUCCCAUUCAGCCAGAAAAUGCAGCCAGAUGUUUGUUUCUCAGAUCACUUUACAUAGCAUGAAGGCUCAGACCUGCAGAGAUUAUCAGGAGCUUAGAGCCGACGGCUCUUGCUGUCUUCCCCGGAGCCGGGACUCAGGUACCUUUGUAGGUUUGUGCUGGAGCGUGAAGUGAGAGAGAGAACUGCCGCUUGUUUAGGUUCUCCGGGUGAAUGUUGCUCAUCGGAACGCUGCAUAGCUCACACCAUCCCGUUCUUUCGCCCUUUGGUGGGUUUGGAUGCCCCGUGUGCGGUGUGUCCUGGGAAGGGGCAGAGCUGCUGCCGAAGCAGCCGGGGAACGCCAGAGGAACAGCGGUGGCUGGUGGGUGUUGCAGGCAGAGGUGUCGCACGGUCACAUUGCAGAGGUGAAAAAGAUCUGUUGUUUCUCGUUCUUGGCCAUUACAAGUCAUCCUAAGGCUGCAUUUUAAAAGCAAUUGCAUUAAAGGAAUCCCGGUGUCAA